CCCGGCCAGCGACACGUCUGGGUACUAUGACCUGACCCCGGACUCCUCCAGCGGGGCAUCCGGGGCAAAGACAUUCAAUUUAGAGGAUAUUCCGUACCCUACCAGAGAGAGUGAGAGGCACAGCCCCUCCAACAUGUCCCUCUCCUCCUCCUCCUCUGCCCCACCCACCCCGCCCCGCCCCCCCCCACCCCAGACACCCUGGAUGCCAUCCCCAUUCCCCCACCCACCCUGGACCUCACCAACAUCCCCAUGCCGCCCGUCACCUUCACCAUCACCCCGCCAUCCCCCAUCCCCAGGCCCAAGAAGGACCCCCUGCCAAGACCCAAGCCCCCGGUCCCCCUUCCUCCCAUGGCAGCUGCCCCACUGCCCCCCUUAUCCGUCCCCUUGCCCUGCCCCACGCCUGCCCACAGGGAGGAGUCCCUACCAGCCUCGCCGCCCCGGGAGGUGCCCCCCAUCGGAGGGGCGCCGGUGUCCCCGGGGGACAUGACAGCGACGACGACGACGAGCCCCCCGUCCUGCAUCCCCCGGCCCCCGAGCCCCGCCCCACCCCACCCACCACCAGCCACACCACCAUAUAGUGUGGUCACAUUAUUGUCAUCAUGAUCAGGCCGCCGCGGGCCGUGGUGGCGUGGCGCCGCGGCCUUCACCCUGCUCAUGACACACGAUUCCGCGCCGCCGGCCAGGGACCUCAGCACCGCCUUGAUUCGCGCUAACACUUUCCAGGCCUUGGCUUCCUGCGGCCUUCACCCUGCUCAUGACACAUCAAUCCACGCCGGCCGGGACCUUACGCCUUCGAUGUAUUACUCUGGCAGCCCAGCCCGCCCCUACCACCACAGCCCGCACACCCUAGAGCGCCCCCCACAUGCUGGCCUCUUCCCUGCUUCACCGCCAGGCCAGAUGGCUACUCAGUGUGUGGCGGCCUCAGGGCGUGGCAGCCGCCACACCCCCGAGGGCUCCUCGCCCCCAGACCACUGCCACGGCCCACACACCCCAGAGCGCCCCCCACAUGCUGGCGGCUUCCCUGCUUCACCGCCAGGCCAGAUGGCUACUCAGGAUGUGGCGGCUGCCACACCCCCCGAGGGCUCCCCGCCCCCAGACCACUGCCAGUACCACAGCCCCGUGGUGCAGUACCACAGCAGCAUCAGUCCUCCCUUCUCCCGCAGCCCCCCGUGGAGCCCCGAUGGGGGGCGCCGCGCCAGCCCCACAGGGUGGCGCAGUCCAUGCUACCAGCACCACCACCACCACCACUACACUGCCCCACCCCGCGACCGCUGGAGCCCCCCGGGGCGCCGCUCAUCACCCCCAGACCGCCGUGCCUCCCCGGAGCGGGGCCGCUCACCCCCCAGCCGCUCCCCACGCUACUCCCCGCGCGCCAUUCCCGUCUAUUUUCCCCACAGGGCAAGGGCUAUGGGUACUCUCCCCCUGCGGCAGUAUUUGAUGACCUCCACUGGGUUCCACAAGGGGGAGGAACAGCGAGUCUCUCCCCCCCAGCCCGCUCCCCCUCCCCCAACACCCUGGAUGCCAAGUCUUUGGAUCCCAGACUGUUGGAUGUGACGCCACAAGACACAGGGCUUCGUAACACCAGUGCACGGUGAUCAAGACAACACUGGACCAGAAAGACGCAAAGUACAGGGAACAACACAGUGCUUCUUCAUUUUAGGUGAGCCAGAAUGAGCUUGUUAAACUGAGCGGCCUCUUCAAGUACCACUGGAACUGUUCGUCAGAGGAGGAGGAGGAGGAGGUAAGGGAGUGCGCCAAGACCCUUUACAGCGGUGCAAAGGAGUGGAGGGAGAUGAGGAGAAAUUUGAAAGAGAACAGAAGUAGAAUGACAUCAGAUAGCAGGAGUCCUUAGGAUUUAGCACAAUAAGAUCAAUAAUUCUCUUACAUGAGUGACCUAAAGUAAGGCAGUUUAGUCUGGCCUAACUUAACUGACCUACCUAUUUCUGUUAUGAGCUAAGAUAGGCUAUGUUAGGUUAUAUUAAAUUAUAUAAUUAUUAUUAUUUUUUCAUCAUUAUUAUUAAAGAAAGGAAAUAGAACUGAGAAAAUAAAGUUAAAAAUUAUUGUUA